UGGGGUUACAAACACUGAACCUGUGAUGACCUCCCCCAUCCCUUGCACUUAGUGUCAUCAGACAAACAACAAAAGGACCACAAAACUGACCCUUGCGUGAUUGGUAAUGGGUUCUUCUUUGUCUUUUGUCUCUGCCCUGCCUGCAAUUAUGUCUCUUAACUUUCAGCCUUAGCUGCGUGCUAUAAAUCCACAUCAUUCAUCUCACCUUUUUAUUCCGUUUGUCAUAGAAGAUUCAUAUCAACCUGUGUUUUCCCAAGUUCUUUUCAAGUAUCAGACCAUGGUGUGUGACAGCGUAAUCGAUUUAGGCCUCAGUCUUAGAACCAUACAACAUGAGCCUUACCACACAUCAGGCCAAAGUGUGGGAGAAUAUCGAGAAGUUACAGAUGAGCUAAAGUCCAACCGUGGCGAGUUUCUGCAGAAGAAGCACGAAGCCAGAAAUGGAAGAUGUGGUAAAGAAUGUUGGAGUAAUGAAGGAGGGAGAAAGAAGUGGGGUUAUGUAAAGGUCACCAUGGAUGGGUUUGUGGUAGGUCGUAAGGUAUGUGUUCUUGAUCAUGGAGGGCAUUCAACUCUUGCUCAUCAACUAGAGGAUAUGUUUGGGAUGCAGAGUGUAACGGGAUUGAGGUUGUUCGAGAGAGAAUCAGAGUUCUCUUUGGUGUACAAAGACAAAGAAGGCACUUGGAGGAAUGCUGAGGAUGUUUCAUGGAAGGAGUUGGUAGAAAACGUGGAGCGGCUGAGAAUCACAAGAAGAAACGAUUUUCUACUUUUCUUUUAAGCUCAAAAACUUUGACGAUCCUCUCAUCUUCCUUUACUCUUUGCUCUAAUGUCCAUAUCAGCUCCUUCCUGGUUCUUGCUUUUUGAAUCUUGUCUUGCCAACCAAAAUAAAAGUUAAUGUCGAUCGAAGUAUAAAGUA